UGAAUGCAUGAUACAUUAUUGAAGAUUGUAUUUGACCAAUCUCUCUCUUCUCAUCUGAACACUUACUAAAAGGAUUCUGCGUGUUGGAUCUGGGUAAUUUCUCGAUCAGUAGAAGUUCUUGAUAUUCUGCCAACUGAUCUGAAAAAGAGCCGUUCUCAUCAGUAGAAGUUGAUGGCUUCAUCUGAUUCUCCUCAAGAAAAGUAUGAUGUUUUUCUUAGUUUUAGAGGCGAGGACACCCGCUACAAUUUUACCAGCCAUCUCUACGGCACUCUGAUUCGGGCGAAUAUUUCAACUUUUAUUGAUAAUCAACUUAAUAGAGGAGAAGAAAUUUCGUCAUCUCUUUUGAAUGUAAUAAGAGAAUCAAAGAUUUAUGUUAUCAUUUUUUCAGAACGCUAUGGAUCUUCCAGAUGGUGCCUCGAAGAACUUCGGGAGAUCAUUAAUGGACGAAGGAAUAUGAAUGGUCAAAUCGUAAUACCAGUCUUUUAUCUCGUAGAUCCAUCAGAUGUAAGAAAUCAAACUGGAACUUUUGGAGAUGGAUUUGCUAAGCUUAACAAACGUUUUGCACUGAGUUUAACGAAGAAAUGGAGGAAUGCUUUGACGGAAGCAGCAAACUUAUCUGGCUGGCCUUUAGAUGCCACUGAGUCGGAAUAUGAUCGUAUAGAGGAUAUUGUCAAACAUGUUUUGAGGACAUUGAUUCAUAUGUACCCAAGUGAUCAUGACAAGAAUUUAGUAGGAGUACAAUCAAGCAUGAACAAAAUUGAAACUUUAUUACGCAAAGGGUUAAAAGAUGUUUUCAAUGUAGCAAUAUGGGGAAUGGGCGGUAUAGGUAAAACAACUAUUGCAAGAGUUGUAUUCGACAAAAUUUUUAAGGAGUUUGAUGAUUAUUUCUUUGCUCUAAAUGUUAGCGAAGCGGUAGGCAUAUCUUUGCAGAAAGAACUUUUUUCUGCAAUUUUACAAGAUGAAAAAGCCAAUCUAGCUUGCGAGUUAACAAGGAAAAGACUUGGGCAUAAAAAAGUUCUUAUCGUUUUUGAUAAUGUGGAGUCCAUAAAACAAAUAACAGAUUUGAUUGGAGAUCUUAAUUGUUUUGGUUUAGGAAGUCGAUUCAUUAUAACAACAAGAAACAAACAAGUGCUUAAAAAUUGUGGAGUUGAUGACACUAAUAUAUACAAGGUUGAGAGAUUGUUUCAUCAUGAAGCUUUUCAGCUUUUUAGUUGGCAUGCCUUUCAACAAAAGUAUCCAACUUCAGGUUAUCGUGAGCUGUCAGAAAGGGUAAUAGAGUAUGCAAAUGGUGUUCCAUUAGCUCUCACUGUGUUGGGUUCCAUUUUAUUUGGCAAAACAAAAGAAGUUUGGGAAAGUGCCAUAAAAAAACUACAAACAAUGCCUUGUAAGGAUAUUCAAGACGUGCUAAAAGUCAGUUAUGAUGGAUUAGAUCUUUUCGAAUGGGAGAAUGAAGAUCUGGUAAUUAAAUUUUUUAAUACCGAUACCUUUGACGCAACUUUUGAUAUAACUGUUCUUAUCGACAAAUGUCUCAUAAGUGUGUCAAGUAAUAAGAUAAUAAUGCAUGAGUUACUUCGAGAAAUGGGCAAGGGAAUUAUACAAGAAUCCUCUCAACAUCCUGAAGAACGAAGUCGUUUGUGGCAUCAUAAAGAUAUCUAUCCUAUACUGGAAGAAUCCAUGGGAACUAGAGCAAUUGAAGGCAUAUGGUUUGACAUGUUUGAAGGAAGUAAGAUAGAAUUAAGUCCUCAUGUUUUUCGAGAGAUGAAAAGGCUAAGAUUCUUGAAGAUAUAUAAUUCUUACUGUGAAAAGGAUAACAUCAGUAAAAUUGAUGUUUCCCAAGGCCUUGAAUCUCCUUUCACUAAGCUAAGAUACUUCUGUUGGCACGGAUGCCCGUUGAAUCCCUUGCAGUUGAAGUUUUAUCCACAAAACCUUGUUGUACUCGACAUGCCUUAUACUGAUAUUGAACAACUUUGGACUGAUACACAGGAUCCUAAAAAUUUAAAAAGUAUGAACCUCAGUUACUCCAAAAAUUUACUCAAAAUCCCAGACCUCUCACUUGCCAGAAAUCUGGAGAGCUUAAUUCUAGAAGGUUGUACAAAAUUGUCUGAGAUUUGCUCAUCUAUUCGAUGUCUCAACAAUCUGGUUAUCUUGAAUCUCAAAUGCUGCCAAAGUCUUUCUAGUCUUCCACGCAUUCAUUCACAAUCUCUCAGAAAAGUUAUUCUUUCUUAUUGCUCAAAUCUCAAGACAUUUCCAGAUGUGUCAUGGAACGUACAAGAGUUGUUUUUAGAUAGAACUGCAGUAGAAAAGUUGCCCUCAUCAAUAGAGAAUCUAUCUAGACUAGUUAAAUUGAAUCUCGAAAAAUGUUUAAGGCUAGAGAAUCUCCCGAGCAAUAUCUAUGAGUUGAAAUCUCUUCAACAUCUUAAUCUCUCGGGCUGUUCAAAACUUGAUGGAUUUCCUGAAUGCUUGAGAAAUUUAGAAGAUCUGAAGGUGCUUAAAGCAGGGAAAGUUGCCAGAAGAGAGGUACUCUCAUCCAAUUUAUGUGUGCGGUUCCUGCUGGAACUAAAUCUGACCGAUUGUUGUGUCAGGGAGUUACCUAAUAGUCUUGGUCAGUUACUCUCCCUAAAAAGGUUACUUUUAGGCAGAAACAAAUUUGAGAGAAUACCAACUAGCAUCAUACACCUUUCUAAGUUGUCUUAUCUUGAAUUGGGUUACUGUGAGAGGCUGCAAUCCUUACCCCAGCUUCCAUGCCAACUACAAUAUAUAGAUGCACACAAUUGCACAACAUUGGAAGCACCCUCAAGUUUAUCAAUUCCUUACCGAUCUUAUUUGGGAAACGUGAGAGUUAACUUCUUCAAUUGUUCCAAACUGGCCCAAAAUGCACUUGGAGACUUUAUGAAAGAUCCUCUACUGAAAAUUCCGCGGUUUGAAGUUUAUAAGGAAUUUUAUCCAAGACCUAGCGCUAGUAUUUGUUUCCCAGGAACUAAAAUUCCAGAGUGGUAUAGUUCUCGAAGUUCAGGGUCUUUGAUAAAUCUCGAGCUGCAAUCAAAUUGGUUGAAUCCCAGCUUUUUUAAUUUUGCUAUGUGCGCUGUUGUAGAAUUUCGAAACUAUCACAAUGAAGGCCAGGGUUUGGUUGUUGGCUGUGAAUGCAAGCUCAAAACUAACGAUGAAAUAGUAUUAUACCAUGGCACUUUGAAGGGUUGGCACUAUAAUAGUGGACCUGAAAAUGUUAACUCAGAUCACAUAUUCAUGGGAUAUGAUCUCCAUAUGUGUCCCUCUGGUUACUAUGAUAAGAUUACCAUCCAAUUUUAUGAUGAGGAUUUGAAUAAUAAACGCAUAGACUGUUGCAAUGUGAAAGAGUGUGGGAUCCAUUUAUUGCAUCCAGAAAUCAAUAAGGAGGAAGAACCAUUCCCCAAAUUGAAGAUUUCAAGAAAUAAUAUUUAUUCGAGGAAGAGGAAGAGGAAUCAAAUUCCGAAGGAUUGA